AUGCCAGCCCUCUGCUUUCGUGCCCAGCCUUGGGUGCGAUGGUUGCAGUCCAGGACGUUCGCCACGACGGUGACCACGCCUUCGAGGACACCACAGACGGUCAUCGAGAAGGUGGUGCAGCGAUAUGCAGUCGGAUUUCCUGAAGGAAAGGCAGUCAAGGCGGGCGACUACGUGAUGAUACGCCCAGAGCAUGUCAUGACCCACGACAACACUGGUCCCGUCAUAUCCAAAUUCAAGUCCAUCGGGGCGACCAGGAUACACAAUACCUCCCAGCCCGUCUUCACUCUCGACCACGACGUGCAGAACAGGUCCCAGAAGAACCUCGCAAAGUACGCUGGCAUCGAGGCCUUUGCCCGGCAGCAUGGCAUCGACUUUUACCCGUCUGGUCGGGGAAUAGGACACCAAGUCUUGGUCGAGGAAGGAUACGCCUUCCCACACACGCUCACUGUCGCCAGCGAUAGCCAUAGCAACAUGUACGGCGGCGUCGGAUGCGUCGGCACACCUAUCGUUCGGACAGAUGCUGCAGCGCUGUGGGCAACCGGGAAGACAUGGUGGCAGGUCCCACGAAUGGUCAAGGUCGAGCUACGCGGUCGCUUAGCCCCUGGUGUAACGGGAAAGGACGUUAUCGUUGCUUUGUGUGGAUCCUUCAACCACGACGAGGUCCUCAAUGCUGCCAUCGAAUUCUCGGGAGACGGUAUCCCAGCGCUGAGCAUCGACGACCGCCUCACCAUCGCUAAUAUGACUACAGAAUGGGGCGCCUUGGCUGGCGUAUUCCCUGUCGAUCAGGUCACGUUGCAAUGGUAUGAAGACGCGGUUUCAGGGAUGGAGGCACGGACAUUCACCUCUGCCUCGGAUCCUUCACUGAUUCCUCCACCUCCGGACCAUCCUCGUCUGAAUCGUCAGCGUUUGAAUUCUCUCCGUGCCGCCAAUAUCACGUCAGAUCCCGACGCUGAAUAUUCUUCGCAUCUCAUCUUUGACUUGUCUACCCUCGUUCCCCAUGUAUCUGGUCCCAAUAGCGUCAAAGUAUCGACUCCUCUCCCAGUCCUCCAAGACGCACGGAUUAAUAUCCAGAAAGCAUAUCUUGUCAGCUGUACCAACUCUCGGGUUUCCGAUUUGGCAGCAGCUGCAGCCGUGAUGAAGGGACACAAAGUCGCUCCAGGCGUAGAAUUUUACGUCGCGGCUGCCAGCUCUGUUGUUCAGCAGGAAUCCGAACGGCUGGGUGAUUGGGAAACACUCGUCUUGUCUGGCGCAAAGGUUCUCCCAGCAGGAUGUGGUCCUUGUAUCGGACUUGGAACCGGGUUAUUGGAAGAGGGGGAAACGGGUAUCAGCGCUACUAACAGGAAUUACAAGGGACGAAUGGGUCAUCCCAAUGCUCAAGCAUACCUUGCUUCGCCCGCUGUUGUUGCGGCCAGCGCUAUCAAGGGGUACAUAUGCAGUCCAGACUCCUUAGAUCCUAAUGCGCUCCCAAAAACCAAUACGCCUAUAUUUUCUAUCUCUGAUGUACCGCCGGCAGCAACUGUAGCUUCUUCCGCUACUGAGAACCCCGUCCUCCCAGGUUUCCCGUCCAAGUUUACCGGACCCCUUCUCUUCGCACCGCAGGAUAACCUCAACACCGACGGCAUAUAUCCCGGAAAGUACACCUACCAGGAUGAUAUCACCCUGGAACGGCAAGCUGAAGUCGUGAUGGAGAACUACGACCCCUCCUUUGCCUCAACCGUGUCUUCCAUUCUCAAGAGUCAAAAAGAAUCUCCCGAUUCAACUGAGAAGAAAGGCGUCAUUCUCGUGUCGGGGUACAACUUUGGCACAGGUUCUUCUCGUGAGCAGGCCGCGACAGCACUCAAAGCUGCUGGUGUGCCCGUUGUUAUUGCGGGUUCCUUUGGUGACAUCUUCAAGCGGAACGCGAUUAACAAUGGGUUGGUGUGCCUUGAGAGUCCGGAGCUCGUCAAGGACCUCACUGAGCAGUACGCCAAGGGUGGUCAACGAGGUGCGGGCGGGAAUGAUGGCGAGUUGACUGUCAACAAAGGUCUGUCUGUCGGCAUCGGCAUGGUAGAUGGAAAGGUGGUCGUGACUUGGGCAUCAGAGUGUCAGAGCAAGACUUACCACGUCAGGCCCAUAGGUGCAAGUGUACAGGAACUGUGGAUCUAUGGAGGCCUGGAGGGGUAUAUUCUCAAGGAAAUACAGUCCCAAGCCCAAUAA